CCCCUCCUCCUUGCCUGCCAAAAUGGCGCAGGCCCGCCACAGGCGUCGGUCUCUUGUUUACUUCCGGUUGCCCAGCGGCAACGUUGUGCCGUGAUUACGCGUGCGCGGGGCUCGUGCGCGUUCACCAAAGCCCACCUGUUGUGACGAAGGUAGACUUCUCUCCUCUUUUUCUGCGGACAUGAAGCUUCCGGAUUACCUGUUCGCGCGCAUGUGGCGCCCCGUGCGCAGCUGGACCGUGGCGUCGCGAGACGACUGAGAGUGGUUUUUUGGGGGGGGUUUCUUUUUUUCCUCCCGCCGGAGAAAAGCGGAGGAUGGAUGGAGAACAUUCUGGAGUGGCGAGGGACAGAGACAAGCUACCGCCGAUCUCCAGCAGCUGCUCUCCGACUGGACCACCGGCCCGCGGAGCCAAGCAGCCAUUGCCGUCUCUCGGGACUCUCAUCGCCACGCUCAACCACAGGAGGGACAUGAUGGGUCGGGCGGCGGCCGGCGGGAUGGCCACGAUGCUGAGCGGCGCGGCGGGCUUCAAGCACGUGCGUGAGCUCCCGCCAAUAUGCAGUGACGUCCGCCACAAGCAGCGAGCGUCCAUCGACACGCUGCCCCCAGAGGUCAAAGCUCCGUUCCCAUGUGAUCCCGUCAUCCCACUUCGUACCAAAACGGCCAAAGACUUCCUGGAGGACGUCGAGAGCGCCAUGCUAUCAGGUGACUGGCGGGAGGUGCGGGGUUUUUACCUGACCACUUUUGACUCCUUCAUUGAGCUCAAUGCCGCCUUCAAGCGAGACCCCAACGGAUGCUUCGACACCAUUGACGACUCGGGGGUCAACGCCAAGUUUGUCAACGUGGUCUACGACUCGCUUCUCAGCACCCCGCAGGACAUCCAGAAGUCGGUGCUGAAGGGGAUCAUCAACAGUCUGCUGCGGGAGUGGAAGGGGCCUCGGACUAAAGACGACCUGCGUGCUUACUUCAUCCUGGUUCAGAACCCUCAAUACUCCAGCACCAGCACCUACGUGAUCUACGCUCACUUGCUGAGGCAGAUGGCGGCGCUGUCUGAGGCCGACCAUCACUUCCUGGUUCACUGGCUCAAAAAGUUGUCGGCCCGGCGUUUUCGUCAGCUGGUAGAGCGCCUCCUGCAGUUCAUCUCCACUCGGCUGUUUCCCGCAGAGCCCGACGAGCUCCCUCCGGCAUCCAAGUGCUCGUGGUGGAUCCCAUCGGCCACCAAAGUGCUCGCCCUCUUCAACGCGGCCAACAGCGUGGCGUCUCCUCCCAUCAUGCCUUUCACCGACUUCUACAACAUCGCUCUGGAGCACAUCGACUUCAUGGAGGAGUACCGGACCUGGCAGAGCUACGGCAACUCCAACCGGUUCUCCUUCUGCCAGUUUCCCUUCAUCCUGUCCACAGUGGUGAAGAAGGCCAUCAUUCAGAAGGACUCGGAGCAGCAGAUGAUCAGCCAGGCCAGGCAAAGUCUGGUGAGCAAAGUGUCGCGGCGUCAGCGCGUGGACAUGAACCUCCUCUUCCUCAACAUCAAAGUACGACGGGCACAGCUCCUCGCCGACUCGCUGGACGAGUUGACCAGGAAGCGGUGCGACUUGAAGAAGAAACUGCGAGUGACGUUUGUCGGGGAGGCGGGGCUCGACAUGGGGGGGCUAACCAAGGAGUGGUUCUUGCUGCUGGUCCGUCAGAUCUUCCACGCGGACUACGGAAUGUUCACCUACAUGAAGGACUCGCGCUGUCAUUGGUUCAGCAGCUGGAAGUGUGACAACUAUUCCGAGUUCCAGCUCAUUGGGACUCUGAUGGGCUUGGCCGUGUACAACAGCAUUGCUCUGGACAUCCACUUCCCUCUCUACUGUUACAGGAAGCUGCUCACUCCGCCCACCAUGCCGUGUGACCAGAACGCGCUUGUCGGCAUGGCGACCGCCACCUUGGACGACCUGCAGCAGAUCAUGCCGGAGCUGGCUCACGGAUUGGAGGAGCUGCUGAGCUACGAGGGGAACGUGGAGGAAGACUUUUACCUUACGUUCCAGGUGUGUCAGGAGGAAAUGGGUGUCGUCAAAUGGUACAACCUGAAGCCAGGUGGAGACAAGAUCCCUGUCAGCAAACACAACAGGAGGGAGUACGUCCAUCUGUAUGUGGACUUCCUGCUCAAUAAGUCCAUCAGCAAGCAGUUUGCUGCCUUCUACCAUGGCUUCCACAGCGUGUGCGCCUCUGACGCACUCAUGCUGCUGCGUCCGGAGGAGGUGGAGAUGUUGGUGUGUGGAAGUCCUCAGGUGGACAUGAGCGCCCUGCAGAGGAACGCCCACUAUGAAGGCUACAGCAAGAACGACGCCACAGUCAGGAGUUUCUGGGAGGUGGUGCUGGCGUUCCCACUGGAGCUGCAGAAGAAGUUACUGCACUUCGCCACAGGAAGCGACCGCAUUCCUGUGGGAGGAAUGGCUGACCUGAACUUCAAAAUCUCCAAACUGGACGCCCCCACUGACUGGCUGCCCGUGUCGCACACGUGCUUCAAUCAGAUCUGCUUGCCGCCGUAUCGCAGCAGGAAGGAGCUCAAACACAAACUGACCAUCGCUAUCUCCAACGCCGAGGGCUUUGGCCUCCAGUGAUCCGCCACCUUUCGACCCCGACGCCGUGCCUUUUGUUGUUUUAAAAGGCACACUAUGUAACGCCAGCACCUCAACAAGUUAGCUGUACCGCUAGUACAGGUGUAUAAAUAGACAAGGCUACACGCUAAGGAAGUUAGCAUACGGUGACAUGUGGCUAGCUAGAAGAAAGCGUGGAUGUUUGUCAUUUGUGUCACGUCGUCUUUGAUUGACAGCGGCCUCUUAGCUUUGGCAUUACUUAGCAGCAGGAAUGUAGAGAAACGACGACGACAAGAGCAAAGUUUGGGGCGGCUGGGUGGGUUUCCAUGGCAACGUGUGUUGGCCGCCAAGCAAUGUGGGUCACAGUACCACACACACCAGUCACUCUCAAAGCUUCUUUUGUCUCACCCAAGUCCUAACGACCAGAACCGAGCACACGAGCGUGUGAACAGGAAGCAUUUGUUGCAACUUCCUGUUUGUCCUGCUUUGACUUUUUUUUGUUUGCCCUGUUGUGCUUGUCUUCUCUUUGACUCCUUAUUUAUUACAAAGACGCGCCAAUGUGAAUAGCGAUCCAAGCUAGCUUUCUGUUGGUCUUCGUCCACUUCUUUCAUGACACGCUUGACCGUCCCUCGCGGGCGCCACGGUUCCGACAUCGCUCUCUCACUCCGCUUCCUCACUCAUUCAAUCUCAGCCAUUUUUCAAAAACACAACCUGUGUUCUAUAGCUGUAGAAAUAUGGAACCUACCAAAAGACUUUCUGACCAAAAGACGUUCUGCCUUUUCCCUUCUUUUGUAAACAGCAGGAGAACAUGGGUAAGUUUCAGGAAAAUAUCAGUUCCCAACUACAAAAGGGAGAAAACCAGCUUUUGUGUCAACAUAACUUUCACUCUGACACAAAAUAGUGUUCUUUUGUGACAGCUGAAAUAACAACAAUACCGGCAUAAGCAACACAAAAAAGGUUGUUUUACAUCUAAAGAAUUUAUUAGCAAAUGGAUGCUAAUGCCUAACCUUCUGCCCACUCACUUUCCUGCCCACAUUGAAUGAGUUAAUAAAUGUUCGCUGUUUGGUGCUUGA